CAUGCGCCCAGGUGAAACGGAGCGUGGAGGUUGCGAGUUCGCGCUCUCAGUCCAGGUUGUGGAGCUGAGGCGACCUGGGGCUCUGGAGUCGAGACCCAAGGGCGAGAUACCCUGGGUGUGACUGGGUGGGAGAGAAGACGUGAUGUGAAGGGAUUUGGCAACCAAGACCCGGGGACUCCGCUUGGGUAACCCCCUUCCUUUCUGCACUUCGCCCUUCCCGGGACUCCCGCAGCAAUCUCUGCCUGCGGCCAGAGCGGCCGUCCCACAGCCGCGGGCCGGAGCAAUGGUGCCACCUAGCGGACGGCAUCGGAGCGGCUCGCGUGGCGGCGAGAGGACCCCAGCCUCCCGGAGGUGCUAAUGGAGGGCUGCGGUGGCGCUUCAGCACCGUCGUGGGCCGGACAGCGCCUCCCACCGCCGGCCUUCGAAACCAGUCCUCGGAGCCACUUGGAAGAGACCCAGCCGAAGACCCUGACGGAACUCCGAACGUCCCCGGACCGCUCCUCACAGCCCCCGGGCGGCCUUCAGUUUGCAGAGCUGGAAUUUGGGGGCCCUUCUUCUUCCUCCUUGCCCAGCCCGGACGGCGGAGGGUACGGCCACACAUUUGACUAUUCAUACUACGCUCACAGACGUCCAGUCCUCAACUUCUAUGAGAGAGGAGCCCAGAGGAGGGCUGGGGACAGGAGAGGGAGCUCCUGCACGUUCAGAAAUCUGCAAACUCCCAGCCCCCGGAAUCGAGGCACACGUCACCGGCAGGCGCUAGGACCCAGGACGGCAGAAGGGCGGAGAGCCGCGCCCGGGAGCUCCUCGCUGCCCGCUCGCGGCCCCAGAAGCUGCCCCAGCGCUCGCAUGGCCCCAAGGACUUCCUCCCCGACGGCUCGGCGGCCCAGGCCGAGCGGCUGCGCCUGUGCCGGGAAGAGCUCUGGCAGCUGCUGUCCGAGGAGCGCGUGGAGCGCCUGGGCAGCUUGGUGGCCGCCGAGUGGAGACCGGAAGAGGGUUUCGUGGAGUUGAAGUCGCCUGCGGGUAAAUUCUGGCAGACCAUGGGCUUCUCAGAGCAGGGCCGGCAGCGGCUUCACCCUGAAGAGGCACUGUAUCUGCUGGAGUGUGGCUCUAUCCAGCUCUUCCACCAAGACCUGCCACUGUCUAUCCAGGAAGCCUACCAGCUGCUGCUGACCGAGGACACCGUCACUUUGCUGCAGUACCAGGUCUUCAGCCACCUGAAGAGACUGGGUUAUGUGGUUCGACGAUUCCAACAAAGCUGUGUCCUGUCCCCUUAUGAGAGGCAGCUUAACCUGGAUGGCAGCACCCAGUGCCUGGAGGAUAGGGAUGGCAAGAGGAAGAGGAGGGGCUCCAGCUCUCGGUCCAUUAAUAAGAAGGCCAAGGCCCUGGAGAACUCCCUGCAGCCAGAGAAUCUGGCAACUUCCAGCCUACCUCCCCGCAACCAGAACAGCCGAUGCCCAGAAGAGAAACCCCAGGAGUCAAGCCCCAUAAAGGGCCUAGUGGGCCCAUUUCACCUUUUGGGAGCCCUGGGGCCCUGCCCUGGCCUAGCCAGGGAGGGUGCGGAGUGCAGCUGGGAGAGUGGCCAAGUAGGGAAUGGAGUCCAGGGGGCUCGUAAGCCGCGCUGGAACUUUGAGCAGAUCUCCUUCCCCAACAUGGCUUCUGACAGCCGCCACACCCUCCUGCUUGCCCCAGCCCCGGAGCUGCUCCCGGCCAACGUGGCUGGGCGGGAGACAGACGCUGAGUCCUGGUGCCAGAAGCUGAACCAGCGGAAGGAGAAGCUAUCCUGGCGGGAACAGGAGCAACAGGCAGAGGCCAGGCACUUCCGGGAGGACAUAAAUGCAGACCCUGAGGUGCAACGCUGCUCCAGCUGGCAGGAGUACAAGGAGCUGCUGCAGAGGCGGCACCUGCAGAGGAGUCAGAACCUCCCUCCACACCUGUGGGGCCAGCCUGUCACACCUUUGCUGAAGCCCGGCCAGGCAGACUCUCCAGCCACGGUCCUUCAACAUAUCUCUGUGCUGCAGACAACACACCUUGCUGAUGGAGGUGCCCGACUGCUGGAGAGGUCUGGGGGCUUGGAAAUCAGCUUUGAUGUUUACCAGGCUGACGCUGUGGCCACCUUCCGAAAGAAUAACCCUGGCAAACCUUAUGCUCGGAUGUGCAUUAGUGGAUUUGAUGAGCCUGUACCAGACCUCUGCAGCCUCAAGCGGUUGUCCUACCAGAGCGGUGAUGUCCCUCUGAUCUUUGCCCUGGUGGAUCACGGUGACAUCUCCUUCUACAGCUUCAGGGACUUCACAUUGCCCAGGGAUCUGGAGCACUGACCACGCAGCUCUGUAGGGGAUGGAGCUUGCUCUGGGGGACCUGGACUGUCUAUUCUCAGGGACCACCUCAGCUGCCUCCUGUACCCAGACUCUGACCUGAAGCUGCAGCGGCCAGUCUGGGCAUUGGCCCUGGGUUGCUCAUACUUGCAAGAAAGUCAAACUGUGCUCCCAGCCUUCCCUGGCCACUGCAGUGCUUCCAAGCCCGGGGCCUGAGAUUGCUGCCUUGCAGUGACCCCUUUGGAACUCAGGACUAGAUUUUAGAGACCCAGAAAGUGGACAGAAGAGAGGACUCUGUGCCUUUAACGAGAGGGUGCCUGCUUCGUGCCAUAAAGCCAAAGCCAUUAAAAAUUGAUCUCUUUUC